AUGUUUUACAAGAAAACGAAAGUUCAGAAGUUGAGGAAAGAAUGCGAGAAAAAAAUUAUCGUCUUCCUCGUAAAUUAUGCAUCAUUAGGUAAUGGCGGCAGUGUGAAACGUUUAGUAUCUCAGUUUAUCUUCACAGUAGUAGGUGUUUGGUAUUCUGAAAUUCUCCCAUCAUCCGAAAACGAGUCCCAAAAAGAAAUGAUUUGUUCAGCAGUUAAAUUAGGAAUGGAAUUCGGCAUGACACAUUUCUCUUCAUUUUAUGUCACUGAAAUAUCUACAUGA